AUGGCCGCCGCGCUGCACCAAUAUGACUACAUCUUCGCCAUCACCGCCAUCUUCGCGUUCCUCGACGCGUGGAACAUUGGCGCCAAUGACGUCGCAAACUCCUUCGCGACUUCUGUCUCCUCCCGCUCCCUCACCAUGAAGCAGGCCAUGGCCGUCGCCGCCGUCGCCGAGUUCUCCGGCGCCGUCUCCGUCGGCUCCCGCGUCACCGACACCCUGCGCACCGCCAUCGUCGACCCGCACCUCUACGACGCCGAGCCCGCCGUCCUGCUCCUCGUCAUGACCUGCGCCGUCUUCGGCUCCUCCGUCUUCCUCACCCUCGCCACCGCCCACGGCCUGCCCGUCAGCACCACCCACUCCAUCGUCGGCGGCCUCGUCGGCGCCGCCACCGCCUCCGUCGGCAUCCGCAACGUCAGCUGGGGAUGGAAUGGGGUGUCGCAGGUCUUCGCCGCCUGGAUCGUCGCCCCGGGCCUGUCGGGCGCCCUGGGCGCCCUGCUGUUCCUGGGCACGAAGAGGUUCGUGCUGACGAGGACCAACGCCGUGAGGAACGCCUUCUUGACGAUCCCCUUCUACACGUUUCUCACCUUUGGCGCUCUGACGAUGCUCGUGGCGUGGAAAGGCGUCCAAACGCAGGUCGAGCCCACCACCACGCAGAUCCUCGUCGCCGUCUUCUCCGUCGCCGGCGGCGCCACCCUUCUCCAGGCCUUCUUCCUCUUGCCGUACCUGUGGCGCAAGAUCGUCGACGAGGACUGGCAGCUCGAGUGGACCAUGAUGUGGAGGGGCCCCUGGCUGCUCCGUCGCCCGCCGCCCCCACCCCCGCCGCCGGGCGUCCGCAGGGUCGCCAUCAAGGACUACUACCGCGGCCACCUCACCGCCGACGAGCUCGCCCACGUUCGCGCGUCCGAGAUCCUCCUUGAGUCGAUCCAGGGCAGCCAGACCUCGUCGGAUCUGUUCAAGGAGGACCAGACCGAUGUCUCACUUGGUCCGGCACCGGCACCGGCACCGGCACCGUCCCCAUCGGUCCCCGAAACCGAAGCCCCGAUCACGUCGGCCAUGUCGUCCUCACGCCGUUCUUCCUCCUCCUCAGAGCUAAUCCCGCCCCGCCCUGCCGGACCCUGGUCGAGCCUCCCCGUCCUCGGCUGGCGCGUCAACCGCGUCCUCCUCCGCGGCCUCGAGAAGGACGUCAUCACCCUCCAACGGCGCAACGCCGUGCUCUCCUGGGACAUCGCCGACAUGCACGCCCGCGCGCCCCGCUACGACAACCGCGCCGAGUACAUGUACAGCGCCCUGCAGAUCCUCACCGCCUCGGCCGCCAGCUUCGUCCACGGCGCCAACGACGUCUCCAACAGCGUCGGCCCCUUCGUGACGGCCUACAACACCUGGCGAACGGGGCGCAUCGGGACGGACGACGAAGGGAACGGCGACGGCGGCGUGCCCAUAUGGAUCCUCUGCUUCGGCGGCGCCGCCAUCGUGCUCGGCCUGCUCACGUACGGCUACCACGUCAUGAGGAACCUCGGGAACCGCCUGACGCUCAUCAGCCCGUCGAGAGGCUUCUGCAUGGAGCUCGCGAGCGCCGUCACCGUCACGAUGGCGACCAAGCUGGCGCUGCCCGUGUCGACGACGCAAUGCAUUGCCGGCGCCACCGUGGGCGUCGGGCUGGCCAACGGCGACUGGAAGUGCAUCAACCCGCGACUCGUGGCGUGGAUCUAUUUCGGGUGGUUUAUCACCGUCCCGGUGUCGGGGCUGCUUUCGGGGUCUAUGAUGGCGUUGAUACUCAACGCUCCCCAUUGGGAGAGUCAUGGCGCAUAA